AUGGUGAAAACUCCUGCGAUCGGCAUCGACCUAGGCACGACGUAUUCCUGCGUGGGUGUUUGGCAGCAGGGCAAAGUGGAAAUCAUCGCCAAUGACCAGGGAAAUCGCACUACCCCGAGCUAUGUUGCCUUCACAGACUCCGAAAGGCUUGUGGGGGAUGCAGCUAAGAACCAGGUGGCCAUGAACCCUAAUAACACGGUCUUCGAUGCCAAACGACUGAUUGGGAGAAAAUUCAACGACUCCAAGAUCCAGCAGGACAUGAAGCACUGGCCUUUCAAAGUCAUCGAUGAUGAUGGUAAACCAAAGAUCCAGGUGGAGUACAAAGGUGAAAACAAGAAAUUCGCUCCAGAAGAGAUAAGCUCGAUGGUCUUGACAAAGAUGAAAGAGACUGCCAAUGCCUACUUGGGACAAGAUGUUAGGAACGCGGUGAUCACCGUUCCUGCUUAUUUCAACGAUUCACAGAGACAGGCUACCAAGGAUGCUGGAGUGAUUGCAGGCAUCAACGUCCUCCGCAUCAUCAACGAACCAACAGCAGCCGCCCUCGCUUACGGCCUCGACAAGAACCUCACGGGCGAGAGGAACGUCCUCAUCUUCGACCUAGGCGGAGGCACUUUCGACGUUUCGGUCCUCAAUAUCGCCGAGGGCUCGCUGUUCGAGGUGAAAUCCACCGCGGGAGAUACGCAUUUGGGCGGUGAGGACUUCGACAACCGCCUCGUUGAUCAUUUCGUCGAGGAGUUCAAGAGGAAGUACAAGAAGGACUUGUCGAAGAACGCGAGGGCGUUGAGGAGAUUGAGGACCGCGGCAGAAAGGGCCAAACGAACCCUGAGCUCGAGCACCGAGGCGUCUCUGGAAAUCGACGCCCUCUUUGACGGCGUCGAUUUCUACACGAAGAUAUCACGUGCUCGUUUCGAGGAGCUGAACGCCGAUCUGUUCAAGGGCACCCUGCAGCCGGUGGAGAAGGCGCUGAACGACGCCAAAGUGUCUAAAAGCGACAUCGACGACGUCGUAUUGGUGGGUGGGUCGACGCGCGUCCCGAAGAUACAGGCGCUGCUGCAGAACUACUUCAACGGCAAGAAUUUGAAUUUGAGUAUCAAUCCUGACGAGGCGGUCGCUUAUGGGGCUGCAGUACAGGCAGCCAUCUUGAGCGGCGACACCAGCUCCAAGAUCCAGGACGUCCUUCUCGUCGACGUCACUCCUUUGUCGCUGGGCAUCGAGACCGCCGGCGGUGUCAUGUCGAAGAUCGUCGAGCGCAACGCCCGUAUACCCUGCAAGCAGUCGCAGACGUUUACCACGUACGCGGACAACCAGCCGGCUGUCACGAUCCAGGUGUUCGAAGGCGAGAGGGCCAUGACCAAGGACAACAACUUGUUGGGAACUUUCGACUUAUGCGGCAUCCCUCCAGCCCCCCGAGGCGUACCCAAGAUCGACGUCACCUUCGACCUGGAUGCCAACGGCAUCCUCAACGUAUCAGCCCUGGAAAACAGCUCGGGAAAAUCCAAAAAAAUCACCAUCAAAAACGACAAGGGCAGACUUUCGCAACGCGACAUCGAGCGUAUGCUCUCCGAAGCGGAAACCUACAAAGAAGAAGACGAAAAGGCUCGCGAGAGAGUCGCCAGCAGGAACAAUCUAGAGAGCUAUGUCUUCGGGGUCAAACAAGCGAUAGAGGAAGCCGGCAGCAAGCUGAGCGAUGAGGAGAAGAAGCGGGUACGCAGCGAGUGCGACGGUUGCAUGGGAUGGUUGGACAACAACACCAUGGCGGAUAAGGAGGAGUUCGAGUACAAGAUGAAGGAGAUGACCAAGGUGUGUGGUCCUAUAAUGGCUAAGCUGCAUGGUAGUGGCCGGAGCAGCGGCGGGCAGACGUCUGGCGAUCAAGAUGGCGGUCCGGUUAUCGAGGAAGUCGAUUAG